ACAGACAGCUCCUCCAUCAUCAGUGUUGAUCCUCCAUCAGUGCUGCAUCAGUCAUGUGACCAGGCAGCAGACGGCUCUCAGACAGCCUGUCCGACCGGCGUCUCCAUGGUUACGGAGAUCGGCGUCUCCAUGGUUACAGACAUCCCCUGCUGCCCGAUCGCUCCUCCUGCGUCUUUAAACAAUCAAAAGGCAGACGAGAGCCUCCAGCAGCCCGUAUCUCCCAGCACAGAACCAGCUGUCAAUCAAACUCAGCCUGUGGUGCUGCAGCAGCCCUUCGCCACACCCACUCCUGUCGGCAGCAGCCAAUCACAGCCGCAGAGCCCCACCCAUCAGGCCCAGCAGACACAGCCGGUGGAGUCGGACAGUGAGGGGCCGCCCAGACUGGAGUUCGCCGACCGCACCAUCAAGACUCUGGAUGAGAAACUGCGGAACCUUUUAUACCAGGAGCACCACCCCUCACAGAACACAAGCUCCGCCUCUGAGCCACCUGGGUCUCCGCCCCUUUCUGACAGCCAGGGCAGUGAUGGAGCCACCAGGAGAGCAGAACCACUGCCUCAGAUUCCAGAGCGAUCAGACAGUCUCGGCACCCUGAGCGACUCUGCUGUCGCACCCUAUAAGAGGCUGCUGAGCAGGAAGGAGUCCUCCGGCACACACACCUCCAGAAGCCACUUCCAGAUCCUCACAGAUUCAGACGUGUCUUCUCAUGAUGGUGGAGAUCCAGCAGCGGAGGCGGCUCCUGAAUCUGCAGCUGAAAACACACACAGAUCCACAUCCAGCAGACCUCUGAGCCACAGAUACUCCGCUCCGGCUGAGCUCUACCAGGAUGCAUGCACAUCAUUUCCAGAGGCCAGACCCACAAUGCCAUGCGCCACAAGCUCUCUGUCGGCAGAUGGGACGGGGAGGUGUGUGUCGUCAGACAGCGGUGAGGAGCGACCGCAGCAGGAUCCUGCAUCAGUGACCGGUCCUGCGUCUGACCUGAUGAAGCGCGCUGUAGCGUUCCUGCGCAGAUCCACUCACAGCAGCAGUGUACAGAGCUCCGAUUCCCCCUCCGGACCUGUGGCCAACGGACACGCCCCCUCUUCCACCAGCCACGCCCAUGCCGCCACUAGCCACACCCCCUCUGCCUACAUCAGCAGCGAUAAUGACUCAGAGUUUGAGGAUGCGGAUAUGAAGAGAGAGCUGCAGAAGCUGAGAGAGAAACACAUGAAGGAGAUCUCAGAGCUCCAGGCCCAUCACCGAGGAGAGAUCGAGCAGCUGUAUUCCCGCUUGGGUCGGCCUGUUCCGGCCAGCGUGGGUUUCCUGCAUGCAGCGCCACCUACAGGCCGACGCCGCAGAACCUCCAAACACAAGCUAAAGGGAAGCCGGCUGCUUAAUCCCAUGGUGCAACAGCUGAGGACCAACCGCAGCACCAGCUCCACAGAGACGUGCUCCAGUGUGUCGGGGUCUCCUCUGAAGAGUUCUGUGGUCAGCAGCAGCUCUAUGGGCUCCAGCAGCACUGUUACUCUGAGCCCCGUGUCGGAGCCGCUGCAGCCGGUGCAGACCCAGCAGCCCUGCUCGCUCAAGGGCUCCCUGUCCUCCGACAACAUCUACAGCCCCGCCACACACACACCGCAGACACAAGGCUGGACCGUUUACCACCAAACAUCUGAGCGAAUCACCUAUAAAUCUAGUAGCAAACCACGCACUAGAUUCCUCAGUGGACCCGUGUCUGUGUCCAUCUGGUCCACUCUGAAACGACUAUGUCUAGGGAAAGAGCGCAGCAGUAGGUCUCACAGUACUGCUGCAGCUUCAUCAUCAUCAUCCUCAGCUGUUCCUGCCUCUUCGGCUCGGCCUAUCACAGCACUCGUACAGGCUCAGGCCAACAACAGCAACAACAAAACCGGCACCUUCACUGAUGAUCUGCACAAGCUGGUGGAUGAUUGGGCGAAAGAGACGCUUGGCUCCGCCCCUCAGCCCCGCCCCCCUGUGUGUCAGAUCAGACCAUCUAGAUCUCAUCACGGCUUCCAGACCGGCCACACUCACAGUCAGAUGCGAGGCUCUGCCCCUCAGUUUGGUCUGCCUCUGUCCUGUCCGCUGACCGCAGCUCUGGGUCCCAUCAUGCCUCAUAACCCGUCACCCGUUCUCCAGCACAGCGGCUUCCUGAUGCCCACCGCGCCCUUCGCUGGGAUGGUGUCCGCGCCUGUGUUCCCGCACCCGUGGCCCACUCUUCCCAGUGCUGUGGGCAUGUUUGGAAUCGUCCCGUAUCCCACCAUAGCCAACCCAGCCAUCCAGACCUUCCCGAUGGUGCUCAAGAGUCCAGACGCGGCCAGCAAAAGCAGGACUGCAUGAGCUAACUCACUGCGUACGCUAAUCAGACGGAGAAUCACAGUUACAGCACAUUACACACACCAGCGGACCACCUGUGUGUUUCAACUGUUUCUGGAUCAGUCUGACAGCUGCAGAUGAUGAUCGACACUUCUGUGCGCAGCCUGUAAAUAUCAGGUGUGUGUGUGAGUGUGUGUUUGUGUUGAUUAGCAUGAGUGUGUUUGUCUCAGAUCAGACCUGCCUGCACCUUCCCCUUCUCGGUUUUAAGUUUUAGCUCCUGAAGUUUAACUCUUUAUUUGAGCUGUGGCCAGACACUGAUCCUGAAAUAUCUAGAUAUUCUCUCUUGAGUCUAUUCUGAGUGUAGAGUUUAACCGCAGAUCGUGCUCUAGACUAGUGUUUAACAGCAGACGGCGCUCUAGGCUAGAGUUUUAACAGCAGACAGUGCUCUAGCCUAGAGUUUAACAGCAGAGGGCGCUCUAGACUAGUGUUUAACAGCAGAUCGUGCCCUAGACUAGUGUUUAACGGCAGACGGCGCUCUAGGCUAGUUUAUAACAGCAGACGCCGCUCUAGGCUAGAGUUUAACAGCAGACGCCGCUCUAGGCUAAUGUUUAACUGCAGAGGGCGCUCUAGGCUAGUUUAUUGCAGCAGACGGCGCUCUAGGCUAGAGUUUUAAAAGCAGACAGUGCUCUAGCCUAAAGUUUAACAGCAGAGGGCGCUCUAGGCUAGUUUAUAACAGCGAACGGCGCUCUAGGCUAGAGUUUAACUGCAGACGCCGCUCUAGGCUAGUUUAUAACAGCAGACGGCCCUCUAGGCUAGUGUUUAACAGCAGACGCCGCUCUAGGCUAAUGUUUAACAGCAGACGCUGCUCUAGGCUACAGUUUACCAGCAGACGGCGCUCUAAGCUAGUUUAUAACAGCAGACGGCGCUCUAGGCUACAGUUUACCAGCAGAGGGCGCUCUAGGCUAGUUUAUAACAGCAGACGGCACUCUAGGCUAGUGUUUAACAGCAGACGCCGCUCUAGGCUAAUGUUUAACAGCAGACGCCGCUCUAGGCUACAGUUUACCAGCAGAGGGCGCUCUAGGCUAGUUUAUAACAGCAGACGAUGCUCUAGGCUAGUGUUUAACAGCAGACGAGUUUAUAGUUGAUAAACACUAGCCUAGCGCACUAUUUGCUGUAAAAAAACUAGCCUAGAGCACUCGAAGUUAAACACUAUCCUAGAGCGCCGUCUGCUG